CGGCCUUACAAGUCUUCUGCGUCGUUCAUUUGUUGACCUUCACUCGCAUGGAUGAUUUGUGUUCGUGAAGUGCAGAAACUUAGAGGCAGCAACAGGCGAUUGUGGACUUUAAGUUGGAACCACAAAGGAUCUGUCUUGGUUUCUAGUGGGGAAGACAGAAUAAUCAAAUCGUGGGCUAAGUGUGACGAUGAAUCAUGGGUUAACAGUUUCUCUCUCCCAGAGGCACACAAAAGAUCCAUUAGAUGCAUAACAUGGUCGCCAUGUGGUAACUACAUAGCCUCAGCGAGUUUUGAUGGAACAGUAGUUAUUUGGAAAAUUUUCAAAGAGGCUUCAGGACACGAAAUGGAGGCGCUUGUGACCUUAGAAGGACAUACUAGCGAAGUCAAGUGUGUUGCUUGGUGCCCAUCCGGUCAUCUGAUAGCCACUUGCGGUCGAGAUAAAAGUGUCUGGCUGUGGGAAUUUGAUGACGAGGAGGAUGUUCAGUGUGUAAGCGUUCUCCAGCCCCAUUCACAGGAUGUGAAAUCAGUAGCCUGGCAUCCACACGGUGAGGUUCUAGUUUCCACAAGUUAUGACAAUAAGAUAAAUGUGUAUAAAGAGGAAAUUGAUGAUUGGGCUGUUUUUAUUCAACUAACUGGACAUGACUCCACUGUGUGGAAAGCAGAGUUUUCUCCAUCUGGUGAUAUUUUGGCAAGCUGUAGUGAUGAUCGAUGCAUUAAACUUUGGGGAUGGGAAGGAACUUGCAGUAAAUCAACUUCGUGGGUGUGUAUCGCUACAUUAACUGGUUAUCACAUACGUACAAUUUUUGAUUUAAGCUGGUCACCAGAUGGUCAACUCUUAGCCAGUUGCGGUUCUGAUAACAGAUUAUGUAUCUAUAAAAUGCCAUCUAGUGGUUUGAUUCAUAUUGGCGGGAAACCGUGUUUAGAAGAACCACCUGUUCUAUGGGGUUAUGUUCCGAAUGCUCAUUCAGAAGAUGUAAACUGUGUACGUUGGCAACCUAGGGGUUUCAACGACAACGGUCAUAGCAAAGAUACAUCAGAUUGUCAACUUAUUCUGACAACAGCUUCUGAUGAUGGUUAUAUCAAGUUUUGGUCCAUCAAGUGUGAUGAAUAAUCCUGUUUUUUUUUCACGCAUCAGACGAUUGUGUUUCUUUGAAAUUGUACUAUUUUGUGAACAAUUAUCUGUACAUAUAAUUUUACUUUUAUAGUCUUUAAAAUUGAUCUUAUUUUCAUUAUCAAUUUGAUACAAGUUAGCACAUACACAUGAUGAUUCUUACUCUAUUUUUCGUAUAUAUUCUUAUAGUCUAUAUUUUCGUUAGCUUUAUGAUUCAGUAAAAAUUAAAUCAUAAUUAAACACGUUUUACUCAGUGUCUGAUAAUAACGAUGAAUAGUCAAAAUAAGGGAAAUGAAGAUAACGUCGGUAUUAUUGUUUUGACUCCUUUUUAAAAAGUUUAUUAUGAGUCAUCGAUGACUUUCAAAUGUUGGGUUGGGGGUUUUCAAGAUCAAUUCUGUUUGUUUAUAACUACGCUUUAUUCGAUCACCGUGAUUCCACAAUUCAAAGUGUUCGUUAGUAUCGGGUGCUGAAAUUAAGCGGACUGUGUUUAAUGUAAAAUGAUACAAAGCGUCACAAUCCAAUGGUCUACUUUUAGUAGUCCUUAAAUAAAGCUUACUGAGAUUAUAGCUGCAAUAUGAGACUCGAAAAUAGCAGUUGAUGUCCAUUUGUGAUAAGAACUGUUUUCCAAAUUAUGCAAUCCUCUAAAAAUCAAGUGUUUCUUAUUGUAAAUCAUCG